AUGGUAGGAGCUUUAGACACGUCUUUUGAUGGUGUCAGCAACGGCGAUGAUUUUCUCGUAGAUUUCGGUACUCGUCUGAGGAAAAUGUUACCUUCUGAAACACAAGAUAAAAUUGCUAUGUGCAUUUUGUUUAUAAUUUUGCCGUUAGGAUUUUUACUCGAAAUAUUUGUUAUAUUAACGACAGAACAUGAAAUCUUGUCAAAGGGCUGGAAUUUGAGAGUUGGUGCACUAACUCUAUUAGGGUUAAAUGCAUUUGCAAAUGUUUACAAAGUAAUUUCUGUUGGUCCAAAUGGUAGGUAUUUCGAUCUACCGUCAAUACAGAAACCUGGAUAUCGGUUUUGUUAUAACUGUCAGUUGAAUGAACCACCACGCUCUUUCCAUUGUCCAGUUUGUGAUAUUUGUGCAUUUCGACGCGAUCAUCAUUGUUCAUUUGUCGCUGUCUGUAUCGGACAUUUCAAUCAACGAUAUUAUAUUGUCGCCAUCUGCAAUCUGUGGCUUGUAUCCACUUUUUUCCUCAUAUGGAAUUGGUCAUUUAUGUGGGCAUCACUUGGUGGUUUCUCUCCGUUACAAGUAUGGGAAUUGAUAGUGCCACAUUUAGCGUUAAUGUUCCGCAUUAUAAAUUUCUCUCAAUUUUUGUGCGUGAUGUUUUUCGUUUUCUCAUUCACUGUAUUCAUUUUUCUGUGCUACUUGGUAGCAGCGCAAUUUUUUUGCAUUUAUCGAGGACAGACGCGUGUGGAGUUUCUUCUGGAUAUACACGCAUACAAUCUUGGAUUUAUGGAAAAUUUACGUCAGUCAAUGGGUAGACGUUGGUUGAUGGUAUUGUUCUUACCAUUUAUAUCUUCACCACUUUGCUCCGAUGGACUUUCGUUCGCAACACGUGAAUCCAAACCGCUAAUGGAUAUGAAAACUAUGUGA